AUGGAGCAAUUAGUUAAGGCAGGAAAGCUGAAGCAAUUCCUGUAUCAACCCAACAGACAAGGUGGUCUAGCAGGGUUGGGGCCUCAGAGAGAUACUUCUACAAGACUACCUCUAGGUACAAUUAGUGUCAUUCUUGCUACUCCGCAAAUGACUGGUUCUCAGCCAUCUAGGGUGAUGUCUAUAGCUCGUCCGUCUGCAGAGGGCUUAUCCCCUGAUCCGAAGAGGAGUAGAAUGAAAGUCCGGCUGGCUUUGAGCUUUUCGAAUGAGGAUAAGGUUGGAACCUUGCAGCCGUAUGAUGAUGCGAUGGUGGUCACCCUUAGGAUAGGUAGAUAUAAUGUGAAGAGAGUGUUGGUAGAUCAAGGCAGUGAUGCAGAGAUCAUGUACCCUGACCUAUUUAAGGGGCUGAAGUUGAGGUCCGAGGAUCUAACCUGCUACGAUUCCCCUUUAAUAGGGUUUGACAGGAAGAUUGUCUUUCUGAAAGGCCAAAUCCGACUACCCGUUCAGGCAGGGACAGAGGUCGUGGAGGUGAACUUCAUCGUGGUAGAUGCCUACUCCCCUUAUACUGCUAUUGUGGCAAGGCCCUGGCUCUAUGCCAUGGGGGUCGUUUCCUCCACCAUACAUUUGAAGGUGAAGUAUCUGUCUAGGGAGUAG